CUCGUCAGCUUUGCUUUUGCUUGGUAUGCGGGAUGCGGGAAACAAUCAAUCGCACCAACGGUUUCCAAAACAAUUUGACACUUUUAGUUCUUUUUCUGAAAAAAUUGUCCGUCCUUUGCUUUCCUCAUAAUUUUCUCUCAUACUUGGGUAUUCGUUAAAGAAAAAUGACUGAUAUAUUUGCUAAACAUUCCUGCACCUAUUGCCAGCAAGACAUUGAUGGACUUCGAAUUAAAUGCGCAUCGUGCUCAGAUUUCAACCUUUGCUUGCAAUGUUUUGCGUGUGGUGCUGAAAUAGGAAGUCACAAAUUCAACCAUCCCUAUCAAUUUAUGGAUUCUGGAACAAUAAGCGUUUUUCAGGGCAAAGGCAGUUGGUCUGCCAAAGAAGCAAUGCGAUUGCUAGACGCAAUCGAGCAAUUUGGUUUUGGCAAUUGGGAAGACAUAAGCAAGCACAUAGAGUCCAAAACUCCGGAAGAGGCUGAAGAAGAGUAUGUGACUCACUUUCUGGACGGGAACAUUGGGAAGUUCACCUGGCCCAGUGCGCUCAAUUUUCGUCCAACUCUAAAAGAUGUCACCGAGCCUUGCGAGGGCAAGAGCUAUCCAUUUGGAGGGCCACCUUUAGAAAUUACUAAAGAAGAAGCUACUCUUCUUGGCUACAUGCCCCAAAGAGAUGACUUCGAAAGGGAGUUUGACAAUGAUGCAGAGACAUUGGUCUCGUCUCUUGCAGUUGGUGUUGAGGAUGAUGAGCUUGAGUCAGCUCUCAAGUUGGCGCAAGUUGACAUGUACACAAGACGACUGCGUGAAAGAGGCAGACGCAAGAGGAUUUCAAGGGACUUUUCUCUGGUUACCGACUUCUUCAAUGCGGCUCGAAAAGACAAGCCAAUUCAAAAGAAAAAGAUGUCAAGACAUGAAAAGGAAUGGAGGGAAUCUUUGAAAAUAUUUAUUCAAUUCCACACAAACCAAGAAUUCGAAACUCUGAUCUCAAAUCUUGUGAAACAAGAUGACCUGCAACUCAGGAUCCGUGAGCUGGUAAAAUAUAGGAAAAACGGCAUCACCAGGAAGGAGGAGUGUGUCCACUUUGAACAGCAGAACACGAGACGCCAACUUUGGGGAAAAAGUGUUGAUAGCAGUCAUCCCAUCCACUCAGCUCAGUCAAUUUCAUCCUCAAAAAUAGACGAAAAAAGAGGCGGAGGCGGCUCCUUCUCCAUCGCAAGAAGGUUCAAUCACCACUCAUUAAGAUCGGACGAUAGCUCGGACGAAGUGAUUGGACAGGAAGCUUCCAGUGUCCAGAAAAUGCUUUCUAAGUCGGAGUCGGAACUCACUGUGAAACUGGGAUUGAUGCCCAUCGAGUUCAUUUCCAUAAAGACAAAUAUUCUGCAAAAUAUCCGUGACCGCAACAGCACUGAAACGUUCAACUCUUCUUGCCCAAUUGUACAGCAUUGUGCUGCCAAAAAUCUGAUAUCAACGUAAUCAGUGUACUGAAGUCAUAAAGAGAUUUUAUUUUAGUCAUCUCAUUAAAUAUCGUUUUGA